AUUCAACUUCAUCAAAGCUACUCCUGUUACCAAGUGAAUUGUUUGUUAUACGCUUGCGGGGAAAAUCACAUUUUCACAAGAGUUAAGAUCACAAAGCUCGAACAAAAUGUGGCCUUUCAAUUCGACGUGGCAGUGCAUUCCAUGGCUUGUAGUCCUUAUCAUAGAGUGUCUGGCCAUAGUCAUCCUUAAUAUCAUCACCAUCGUUGUAUUUGUGAAGAAGAAGCGUCAACUGCAGCGACGGAGUACAUAUUUGAUCAUUCAUCUGGCGAUAGUCGAUGUCUUAGUGGGCGCAGUCUCCGGGCCACUACAGAUUGAAGCCAGAAUGUCUUGGCUGUGUCAUCUAUGGGAGUAUAGACGAGAGACUAUUUGGUCUCAUUAUUUAUCAUUUGCAUUUCUACAUCUAUUCUCGUUCACUUCCCUUGUAAAUCUUUUGUUUAUUUCUUUAGAUAGGCUACAUGCAACAUUUUGUCCAUUCAGGCAUCGAUUUGUUAAGAAAUGUGUUUAUGAAGUCAUGAUUAUUGUCAUUUGGCUGACGACGAUUGUAAGAGAAGCCGCUCAGAUUUUCCUACGGGAAAUUGGUUAUUUAGAAGAAAUUAAUGCUUACUUGUAUCUCCUAUUUUAUGCAGUUUCUGUAUUUGUUAUUUGUGUAUCUUACAUUUUCAUUGUUAUUAGAGUACAAUGCAAUCGUCAUCCUCAAUUCCAUUCUGGAUCCAGAAGAGAAAGAAAACUGACAGGUACCUCGCUAAUCGUCUCACUUGUAUCUUUACUUUGUUUUCUACCAGCAAUAAUAUAUGCAGCUUCUCGCAACCUUUUCUCCUCUUCUUCAACGCAUUUUCACAUUUCGAUGGCUGUGCUGGUUCUAUUCUUGGGUAACUCGCUUGUAAAUCCUGUCAUUUACGCUCUUCGGAUGCCAGGGUUCAGAGAAGAUUUACUACAAAUAGUUUGCAGGGUCUCAGACGUUUCUAAAGUCCCAGUAAACCUACCGCUUUGCAACCUUAGGACAACGUAGAUCAAUAAUUUUUA